AUAAUGAAUAAAAGCUUUUUUAAAUAUAUAAAAAUGAGUGUCAAGGAGACGAUCGUUGAAACGAUUGGAUCGUUGGCGUCAGAGCUGGAAUCACUGAACCCUGUCAAGUCUUGGAAGGAGGUGCCAGGACCCAAGCCUCUCCCAUUGCUAGGAAACACUUGGAGGUUCAUACCAUAUAUUGGUGGCUAUUCCGUAGAGCACGUUGAUCAAGUAUGCCUAUCUCUACGACAGAAGUAUGGCAAGUGUGUCAAAAUGGCUGGACUUUUAGGAAGACCAGACAUGCUCUUCGUAUUCGAUGCUGGGGAAGUUGAAAGAGUUUUCAGAGGAGAAGAUGCUGCUCCACAUAGACCUUCGAUGCCUUCACUGAAUUACUACAAACACACGUUACGGAAGGAUUUCUUUAGAGAAGAGAAAGACUGUGCAGGAGUUAUAGCGGUGCACGGCGAUUCUUGGGCAGCAUUCAGAACAAAAGUAUCCCGUGUCGCAUUAAGCACUGGUGCUGCUGCUCAGUAUACAGAACAGGUUGGAGAAGUGGCUGACGCCUUUGUUAAUAGAGUACGAGAAAUAAGAAAUAGUCAAUCAGAAACGCCUGAUGAUUUCUUAAAUGAAGUUCACAAAUGGUCUCUAGAAUCUUUAGGAUUAAUAGCAUUGGAUACAAGAUUAGGAUGUUUUGAAUCAAGUGAAGGUUCAGAAAGUCAACGUUUAAUAGACGCUGUUAACACAUUCUUUCUUUGUGUGGGUGAAUUGGAGUUACGAGCACCGUGGUGGAGAAUAUAUCCUACAGCAAUGUUUAAGAAAUAUGUAGCUGCUCUGGAUACAAUAUUGAGUGUAACUCUCUCACAUGUAGAGCGAGCAUUGCAAGAAUGUAAAAAUAGUGGCAGCAAAUCUCUCUUACAAGAUUUAGUUACUGCUGCUGGUCCGAGGGUAGCUGCUGUGGCUGCACUGGAUAUGUUUCUUGUGGGAAUAGAUACGACGUCAAAUGCAGUAGCGUCAACACUGUAUCAACUAUCAAAACGACCGGAAGUCCAAGAAAAACUUUAUGAAGAAGUAACUGGUGUUUUACAAGGCCGUCCAUUAAAAGCUGGCGAUAUCUCUCAAAUGCCAUACUUAAAGGCUUGUAUAAAGGAAGUUUUAAGAAUGUACCCAGUGGUGAUUGGAAACGGUCGGCAACUAACCAAGGAUACAGUUAUAUGUGGAUACAAUAUACCCAAAGGGACUCAAGUAAUAUUCCAACAUUACGUGAUGGGAAAUAGUGAUGAAUAUUUUUCCGAUGCUUCGGAAUUUCGUCCUGAACGGUGGUUGAAUCGUUCCCCAUACAAGCAUCAUGCAUUCGCGUCCCUACCAUUCGGAUUCGGCAAACGAAUGUGUCUUGGACGGAGAUUUGCGGAAUUGGAAAUGCAUAUUAUAAUUUGUAAGAUGGUGAAUGCCUUCAAGAUGGAGUAUCACCACGAACCUCUCGAAUACCACGUCCAUCCAAUGUAUACACCGAAUGGACCUAUUAGGAUAAAACUUAUCGACCGGUGAAAUAUUUUUUCAAACAAAAAAAUUAUUUCUACAAUUUUUUCUAAUUCCUUUUGUUAUACAAUACUUACUUUAAGUAGGUCUUAUUGUAAAUAUGAAAUCAUUAUGUAUAAUGUGCUACAUUAUAUAAUAAUGUAACAAUACUUUCCUAAUAAAAUAUUUUACUAUUA